AAAACCAUAAAAUAAUGGCAGAAGCAGCAGGGAUCUUAUAUGCAGUCGAGCACAUGGUCGAAGGUGGCCUUGCACUGGCCAAAGGCAUUUACGACCCAACUCUCCCGCUCAAAGCAACGAUCAAACCCAUCACCGAUGUAAACCUACCACGAGUAUACCACAGUGUCUCUGAAGUCAAGGGGAGAGCAUACAUCUUUGGUGGAAAGACGGAGGACGGUCAAGUUGGUGAUAUCGCGGAGCAAGGCACCCCCGACAAUGCCAUUCACAUGAUCAUCCUUCCAUCAUCAGGUAUCGAGAGCACAGAUUACCAACGUCUUGAACCGACAUCUGCAUCCCCACCAGCGAGAUAUGGCCACAGUACAGCAGUCAUCGAUGAUCAAAUCUACGUCUUUGGCGGCUCAAAUGCGAACGGACUUCUCAACGAAAAAGGUAGAGUGUGGGUCUUCGACACAGAUACGAACUCAUGGUCGAGUCUUGAUGCUGCCGUGGGAGAUGUACCGAAGCCGAGGAAGUGGGCAGCUGCCACUGCAAGUGCGCAACCUCAGCCUGAGCAUCAGAGGACGGAUGUGAAUGUGGCUCCACAGCUACCUCUAGAUCCCGCAAAGAUGGUGCCUGAACCCUUGAGCCCUGUUACUUAUGGAACGUUUGUUCUGUUUGGAGGUUGUUGUGAGGACGAAGAAAGAGCAAUCUCGGAACUCUGGAUCUUGGACAUAGCAUCAAGAACCUGGUCUCAGUUGCCCUCACCUCCAACAACACAUACCUCAGACGCAAGCCCCAGUAUAGUCUUCUACAACAACCGCCUCUACCUGGUCUCAAGAAGCUCAACACACCACCUCGACCUCGGCUUCUCCAGCCCCUCCUACACCUCAUCCCAAACCACAGGCCCUACNCCCCAAAGCCCUUGGUGCCACCUCCCUUCAACCGAAGCAGCAUUACCACCCUACCUCGAGGGCUCAGCAGCAUUAUUUCCAAUAACCACAGGCCAAGGCCGCAACUAUCUGCUCCACAUCACGCCAAACAAUCUCUUGACACUGCAGCUACCCUCCUCAGCUACCACAGCAGCGAGUCUCAAAGACCGGGCUCGUGAUGCCAUUAGCAAGAAAAACGCAACCAACGAAUAUGCAGAAGUGCGUUACUUCAACGCCGAAGGCGUCAUGAUACAAGAAGGACAAAAAGACAGAGGAAUUGGUGGCAGAACAGGUUUUGCAGCUGCCAAAGCAAAGGAAAUUGAUGGUGGAUGCUUGGUUGUCUGGGGAGGUGUUUUAGAUGGCAAGGUCAGGGGUGAUGGGUUGAUGAUUGAAGUAGAGAAG